AUGACGAAUGACUUUGCCGAUAAUAUUGGCCCAAACGGAGUUAGAACAAGCAAUGACAUCAAGAAUACCGUCCCCGAGGACCCAAUUCACCUGGAAAAUGUCCCGAUCAGGUUCCGAGAGUGCAAAAUCUCCCAUCACGGAAUCUGGGAGAACGAAUCCCCGCAUAAUCCCCGCAACUGGCCCCAUUGGAAGAAGAAUGCGCAGAUCCUGAUGGUAGCGUUUCAUUCUAUGAUGGGAACUUUCAUGGCAGCUGGUAUCAUACCUGCGUAUGAUGCCUUCGCGAAGGAAUACCAGGUCACUGUACCAGAGGCCAGUUAUUUAACAUCAGCUCAAAUCCUGCUUCUUGGGUUAUCCCCUCUGAUAUGGAAUCCCAUCACCGCCGUCUAUGGUCGAUACCAUGUCACAUUGCUAUCGGUCCUGGGGAGUAUGUUAUGCAAUAUUGGUGGGGCAAGGUGUACUUCCUACGGUGCACAAAUGGCUACUCGAGUCCUCACCGCAUUUCUGAUCUCACCCCCUAUUGGCAAUGGAAGUGGUGUAGUAAUAGAGCUCUCUGAAUCCGAAAAUCGAGGGAAGAAGCUAGGCUGGUGGACUCUGAUGACUACCAUUGGCACUCCCGCAGGUCCAUUCUGCAUGGGAUUCGUGAUCAAACACAUUGGUGUUCAGUGGAUCUUUUGGAUUUUUGCUAUCAUCAAUUUCUGCCAACUUGUGGUAUAUCUUGCCAUUGGCGAUGAAACUAUCUACAAUCCAGAUAACGAGCUCGAGAAAGCUGGCUUCUGGAGCAAGCUGAUCCCACGAAAGAUCAGCUCUCAGUCGCUCAGACCUCUCGACUUCAUUGCGCCGUUUUCUUUGGCAAAGUAUCCCCGGAUCCUGGUGGUAGCAUGCGCCCAUGCUAUUACCUUUUGUUAUGGUAACAUCGUCUUGAUUGUUGAGAUGCCUAUCGCAUUUGGCGAGAAGUUCCACUUUGAUGCUCAGCAGAUCGGGCUACAGUUCAUUGCUAUCAUCAUCGGCUGCGUAUUGGGUGAACAAAUCAGUGGCCCUAUAUGCGAUUGGUUCUUAGGGCAUGUUCGCAAAUCAAGAGGAGCAUCUUGCCCGGCGGAUCGUCUGUGGCUCUCCUAUAUUGCUUUUGCCACAGUAAUCGCCGGACUUUUGACCUGGGGGUUUCAGCUACAGAAUGCGACCACAUGGAACGUUUCUCCGUGUGUUGGUGCGGCCAUUGCAAGUUUCGGUAACCAGAUGCAGACGACAAUUUUGACAACGUUUGCUGUGGAGAGUAAACAAGCACGGGCUAGUCAAGUUGGUGUCUUCGUGAACGUAUGCCGACAGAUCUAUGGAUUUGUCGGCCCCUUUUAUUUCCCAGGUAUGUUCACUACUUUAGGACUCGGUGGCGCUGCUGGGGUGAUGGCGGCGCUUGUCGGAGGAUGUGCGUUACUUCCUAUCAUCGCAGUCCAAGUUGUCUCAACCCGUACAGAGAAGCGCUGA